UCCAAAAUGUUUACUUUAAUAUUAUUGGCGGCUUCGUUGUUAACGUUUGGGUGGUUCUACCUGAAACACCACUAUGAUUACUGGCAGCGUCGCGGGUUCCCAGUCUAUAAGCAGUCCGGGAUUCCGUUCGGUUGCUUGGACUCUGUGUGGCGGCAGGAGAGGAGCAUGGGCUUGGCCAUUCACGACGUGUACUUGAGAACCAAGGAAAAGGUUGUGGGCAUUUACCUGCUCUUCCGCCCGGGUGUGUUGAUCCGGGACGCUACUCUAGCACGCCGGGUGCUGACCCAAGAUUUUGCCAGCUUCCACGAUCGCGGAGUGUAUGUGGAUGAAAAGAACGACCCACUGAAUGCCAAUUUAUUCUCUCUGCAAGGCCAGAGCUGGCGCUCCAUGCGCCAUACGUUGUCACCCUGCUUCACCUCAGGUAAACUAAAGGCUAUGUACAACACUUCCGAAGACAUUGGCGACAAGAUGGUCGCUCACCUGCAAAAGGUUCUACCCGAAAAAGGAUCCCAUGAAGUCGACCUCAAAAAAAUUAUGCAAAACUUUGCUGUUGAUAUCAUUGCUUCAACGAUUUUUGGAUUGGAUGUUAACAGUUUCGAGCAUCCGGACAACAAAUUCAACAAUUUGGUAUCUAUAGCUCUGACCCAUAGCCGAAUGAGCGCCAUAUUUGGAGUGAUGAUUUUCAUGGUUCCUCCUGUGGCGAAACUACUGCUUAAACUGGGUUUAAGAAAUCCGGUUGCUGUAGCUAUGCUGGAUAUUGUCAAGGAAACGAUUGAGCACCGAGAGAAACAUGGAAUUGUUCGAAAGGAUCUCAUGCAGUUGCUCAUUAAUUUUAGAAAUACAGGAACUAUUGAAGAGAAUGACGAGAAAUGUUUCAGCAUUCAAAAAACCCCCGACGGUCAAAUCAAAGCCAUUUCAUUGGAGGCUCUUACCGCUCAGGCCUUUAUAUUUUACAUUGCUGGCCAGGAGACAACUGGAUCGACUGCGUCCUUCACCAUUUACGAGUUGGCCCAGUACCCUGAGCACCUGAAGCGUCUUCAGGCGGAGGUGGACGAGACUUUGGCCAAAAAUGAUGGAAAGAUUACCUAUGAUGCCCUGCACAAGAUGGAAUUCCUGGAGCUGUGCAUUCAAGAGACUCUUCGCAAGUAUCCUGGUCUACCCAUGUUAAACCGCGAAUGCACUCAGGACUACCCUGUGCCCGAAACGAAUCACGUCAUCCCGAAGGGCACUCCUGUUAUUAUAUCAUUGUUUGGAAUACACCGUGAUGCGGAGUUCUUCCCUAAUCCGGAAAUUUACGAUCCCUAUCGCUUCUCUGAGGAGAGUCACAAUUACAGCCCCACCGCAUUUAUGCCCUUCGGAGAGGGUCCUAGAAUAUGCAUUGCCCAGCGAAUGGGGCGCAUGAAUUCCAAGCUGGCUGUCGUUAAGAUCCUGCAGCACUUUAAUGUCGAAGUGAUGAGCAAACGAGAGGUGGAAUACGAAGCCCAUGGCAUUGCCCUGAUACCCAAGGGAGGAGUCAAAGUGCGUUUGUCCAAACGCACCCCCACCGUAGCAUAA